GCCCGCUGUGGAGAUCGUCCAGUGACCAUCUUCACACGGAGCACGGACAUAUGCACGAACAAACCAUGCUGGGUAUAUAAGGAGAAACUAGACCAGAGCCCAAGACACACUCCCACAAGCCGCCGUCGAGAUGGGACCGUGGACUAGCUUAGUGGUGUUGGCCCUGGCGGCGGUUAGCACGCUAAGUUUUCCUCAUCCCGACUCUGCCUACAAGAUUCCAACUGUAGGACAAGGACGUCGGUCUCAGUACUAUGUCCUCCACUCCGACGGCACGUACAAAUAUGGCUACGAUACCGUUGGAGGUGCCUAUGAACAAGCAAUGGCUAAGACGCCUGGACGCCUAACUGGAGAAUUCGGAUACAAGGAUUCAACAGGAGCAGACAUCAAACUGGAGUAUACUGCUGAUGAUCGAGGCUUUAUUCCAAAAGGAAGCCACCUUCCAGUAGCUCCUGAAGUACCAGCCGUUCCACCAGUGCCUGCUGUCCCUGAAAUAGCGGUCCCUUCAGUGUAUUCAGCACCAGAACCUGUCCCUGUAGCUCCAACAGUUUACGAAUUGGCUGAAAUAGCGAGCAGUUCAGCUGAUGACGGAAGCUACAGGUUUUCAUACAAGACCUCUGACAGCUCUCGCAGCGAAACCGGAGAUGCCAACAAUGCAGUUGCUGGAGCAUAUUCUUAUAUUACAGACGAUGGGACUGACCAUUCAAUCCAAUACACAGCAAACGCCGAUACUGGUUACAUUGCAAAGGGCUCCUCUCUUCCAGUAGGCCCUUCUGUUCCAGGGGCAGAGUCUGGUAUUCCUACGGGGCACAUUUUGCCUGUUCUUACCGAGGAGGAAGCCAACGCCCUUGCUGGAGCCACACACACUGCAGCAGUUCCAGACUCUCCUGCUAUAGCUUACAGUGCUGACGCACCUUCUGACGCUUCGUACUCUUUCAGCUAUGAUGCUGGUGACAGUUCUCGCUCUGAAAGCGCAGAUGAGAAUCUUAACGUUAAAGGAACCUUCAGCUUUAUUCCUCCAGAUCUAGGCGAGAGACUGACAGUAAAUUACAUCGCUGGAUCUGAAACAGGAUUCGUGGCUGAAGGGGACCAUCUUCCUAUAGCCGAAGAUCAUGGUUUUGGUACAAAAUUGACAGGAACUCCUGAGGCUCCCUCUCAUGUAGCAGCACCCGCAGUUCCUGCAGUGCCUGCAGGACCUGUUCUGACCUACAGUGCUGAUGACUCACCAUCUGAUGCCUCUUACUCUUUCAGUUAUGAUGCUGGCUCCAGUUCUCGUUCUGAAACCUCAGACCCCAAUCUCAACAUCAAAGGAUCUUACAGUUUUGUGGCUCCAGAUACAGAGCAUCGAUACAGCGUGAAAUACCACGCUGGAGCUGAUACUGGAUUUGUAGCUGAAGGAGAUCAUCUUCCAGUUGCCCCUGAAGUACCAGUCGUUCCGCCGGUGCCUGCUGUUCCUGAGUCCGUGGCCCCCGUUGUCCACUCAUUGUAUGCAGCACCAGAGCCUACCGCUCAACAUACAGGAGAUGCAGCUCAGGCAGUUUACGAGUUUGCCGAAAUAACGAGCAGUUCAGCUGAUGACGGAAGCUACAGUUCCUACAAGACCUCUGACAGCUCUCGCAGCGAAACCGGAGAUGCCAACAAUGCAGUUGCUGGAGCAUAUUCUUAUAUUACAGACGAUGGGACUGACCAUUCAAUCCAAUACACAGCAAACGCCGAUACUGGUUACAUUGCAAAGGGCUCCUCUCUUCCAGUAGGCCCUUCUGUUCCAGGGGCAGAGUCUGGUAUUCCUACGGGGCACAUUUUGCCUGUUCUUACCGAGGAGGAAGCCAACGCCCUUGCUGGAGCCACACACACUGCAGCAGUUCCAGACUCUCCUGCUAUAGCUUACAGUGCUGACGCACCUUCUGACGCUUCGUACUCUUUCAGCUAUGAUGCUGGUGACAGUUCUCGCUCUGAAAGCGCAGAUGAGAAUCUUAACGUUAAAGGAACCUUCAGCUUUAUUCCUCCAGAUCUAGGCGAGAGACUGACAGUAAAUUACAUCGCUGGAUCUGAAACAGGAUUCGUGGCUGAAGGGGACCAUCUUCCUAUAGCCGAAGAUCAUGGUUUUGGUACAACCGCAGUUCCUGCAGUGCCUGCAGGACCUGUUCUGACCUACAGUGCUGAUGACUCACCAUCUGAUGCCUCUUACUCUUUCAGUUAUGAUGCUGGCUCCAGUUCUCGUUCUGAAACCUCAGACCCCAAUCUCAACAUCAAAGGAUCUUACAGUUUUGUGGCUCCAGAUACAGAGCAUCGAUACAGCGUGAAAUACCACGCUGGAGCUGAUAUUGGAUUUGUAGCUGAAGGAGAUCAUCUUCCAGUUGCCCCUGAAGUACCAGUCGUUCCGCCGGUGCCUGCUGUUCCUGAGUCCGUGGCUCCCGUUGUCCACUCAUUGUAUACAGCACCAGAACCUGCUCCCCAAUCUGCACCAGAGGUUUCUAAAGCCGUAGGCGCUCCUGCUGCCAUUACGCCAGUUGAGGUCCAGAGUGUUCAUCAUCCAGUAGGCUACACCUCUCAUGUGGUUGGUGAUGUCCUGCUUCAUCAGUAUGGUGUGGAAUAUCCAGACAAAUAUGGCUACGUAUUCACUGCUCUUUAAGGCUGAAGUUCAUUCAGCUAACGAAAGAGACAUCUGCUUGUUUAUCGAUUUUUGACAUGACCAGUUGAGCGCAUGGGAAAAAAUAAAUCUUCAUAUAGUUGGUUUUGUACUAACUGUUGGUUUCGAAGGUGGGGACUGUGUAAAUAAAGCAAUGUGAAAAUUUUUAAAAAAAUACAUUUUUUUACGCUGAAAA